AUGGCAAUACUAUGCACCGUUGGACAGAGGAGUCCACGAUAUUCUUCUCCCGAAGCCACAGCGGCGUCGCUUCAUCGGAAAAUACGGGAAACAAUAUCAUUCAUUGAGAAGUCACAAAAGGACCAAGUUGAUUUGGGCAAAAGAAUUGACAAACUUCGUUGUCAGGUGCAGCUAGAAAGAAUAAAUCGUGACGCCCUACUGGCCCAAAUCGACGCCAGCAAAAAAGAGCUAGAGGAACUGAAGAGACAAUCGGAUGAAGGAAUUUCCAAUGUUUGGAAUCUUCGGUCAUCCGUUUGCAACGCGAUACAGAGCGUAUCUGACGAAUAUGAUAUUUGGCCACUUCUGAUGAAACCGAUACCCGUAGAACCAUUACCCCAAAUAAAACAUAUGGGUGUUAAAGACCCAGUAUUGCAAGACGAUGACAGGUUGAGAGAAGCUCUUAAGAGACGAGAGAAUGCGAUUUUAGAAAGAGACCGCCUUCUCAAAGAACCCGAUACUAGCGAAGAAUUUAUUCGAAUAAAAAACGCCGUUAAAUAUUCUGUGGAAAAAGUGGCCAAGUUUCACAAUGAUAAUACCGUU